AGCUUCACGACAUUGACGACUGUUUGAGAUAUCCUGUUCGCAAUUCAGAAUACACCACAUCAAUCCUGCAUAUUACAGAGUAUUUAGUCAAAAAUUGAUAUGGCAUCUCAGGGUCAAGGUUUAUUCUAGGCCGCACCACACCAUCAUGUGCAGAAUAGCCUCGCGACCAGCAUCUAAGAAUGCUGGGCUUCAUGGACUACAUUCAACAUGCCUUCCAUCUGGCCUCACAAUGGAACAGUGACAACUCAUACAGUUCGCUGACGGCCUCAGCACGAGACAUCUUAGAUUUUGACAUCCCGCGAGGGUUGCGGUUCAGCGUCUCGUCUCUUUCGUCCCCCAACUUCGCGAACUCCUACACCUUCGGCACGAGCGGCGUCGUCGAUGGCUCACUUUCGUACCUCUACUCGUCCUUGCCCUUGCAGGUCGCGUCGAGAAGCAAACACAUCGAUCUCACGGAGCUGAUCCGUGGCUAUCGUCAUGUGUUAGAGCUGCGCCGUCCCGAUAACCCUUGGUGGUGGGAGACCUGGCAUCGAGGAAAACGGGUCGACCGACUAGCGACCCUAUUGUAUGGCCGACUCUACGUUCCCGCGUCGAGACUCGAAGCGCUAUAUCUCCGCCGGAUUUCACCGACGCGUCAAGUGCAUCUUUCCUGCGUCAGCGACGAGCGACUGCAGAACGGAGGAACCAUAUUGGCCCUCCUGCAAGACGAUCGGGCCAAGUCCUCGACCGAAUACCUCUUCAGCACCGAUAGCGCCCUGCUCGGGGUCCGGGGCCUGUACAAUUUCGGCCCCGAUCCACGAUCCUCGACAUUCCCUCCCAAUCUUCUCAGUCGAUUCUCGGUAGGCGGAGAGCUCUAUUAUGGACUUCUGAACGCUUCCGGAGGCUGCUCCACUGGGCUCCGCUUCACCACUCUGCCCGCACAUGCGGGGUUUCCUUACACCAUGACGCUGACUUUGAACCCUCUCAUGGGGAACCUCAGCUCUACCUAUUCAGUUAAAGCCGGGAGAAAUCUGUCCAUGUGCAGUCGGUUUGAUUUCAAUUUCUACAGCUACGAGAGCGAUUUUGUGGUUGGCUGGGAGGUCUGGAGAAGGCGUGCGCGCCCGAUGGAGUCAGCAUCUGACCGGUUGGCAGAAGACGUCCUCAGCAAACCAGUCCCAACCCUGCGGGAUAAGGAGGACGAUGUGGAGGGGGUCCUCAAAGCUCGCAUUGACCAGAACUGGAGGAUUGGUCUCCUCUGGGAGGGGCGGAUCAAGGAACUCCUAGUGACACUAGGUGCGAGCAUCGACCUACGGAAUCGCGACCAAAUUGCGAGGUCCGUUGGCCUGGAAAUCCAAUAUUCUUCUUAAUGAAGAUGAAGAGAACCCGAACCGAGAAGGGGCGGCUUUUCUACAGCCCUGGGAGAACAGCUAACAGAUCCUUCCGCUGAAUCAUCAUAGUGUGCGCUCCUUUUCAAAGGGGCUAACCUCCCCCCCUGC